AUGGCGGACAUGCCCGCAAUUCUUCCCCUGGGCCUGGGCUUUUACUCCACCAUCCUUGUGCAACGGCAACUCCUGGGGUCGAUAAUGAUUCUUCUACCAGACAGCAUGAACCCUCAGUCGCCCACAGCCCAAGACUCUAUCCCCAAGCCCUUCCGAUUUCUCGACUUGCCCACAGAGCUCAGGCUCAUGGUCUACGGACUCAUUUCCAGUAUGCUGCACAUCUAUGCCUGUGUUCCAACCCCUAAUCCUGCGCGAACGUCCGCAGAGCCGACCAUUGCUCUUGUGACGAAGUCACUUCCAGUGGCCCUACUAGCAACAUGCCGUCAAAUCCGCAAUGAAGUAAUGCCAACGCUCGCGCCAUUGCUUGAAGUGUUGAAACUUGAGCCCGGUCGCUUUGUUAUCGUCGGCGAAGAGCUUCCGCAUCGAAUGGCAGUCUCUCUCUUCCAUAGAACGCUGUGGAGUAUUAUCAGGAGAGAGAUGUUCCACAACACAGCCGCUCACAAGUUUGGGCAAUCUAGAGGAGAGAAUCUCUCUUCUCAGACAUUGCAAUACUUUUGCCGUCAAUUUCUCCCAGGAGACAAAGGGCACGCAGAGUUAGUCACUUUCAUCGACAAGGGCGCUCAGUGGCUCUCCCCGCAACACCCCGGUCAGCAGAAGCUCGCCCGUUAUGAAAAGUUCGUUUUCGCAGUCAGAACGCAUUCUGAACUUGACUGA